AUGACCCCCUCUAGCUUAACUCCCGCAUCAUCUAUCUUAAUCGUCGGUGCAGGGACCUGGGGCUGUUCUACUGCUUUACAUCUUGCCCGUCGAGGCUACAAAAAUGUCACGGUCCUAGAUCCGCACCCGGUCCCUUCCCCCAUUGCAGCUGGCAAUGACAUUAACAAAAUCAUGGAGCACAGAGAGGUCAAAGCCUCGGAAACUGACCCCUGGGGUAUCGCCUUCUCAACAUGCACAAAAGCUGCUCUGAAAGGCUGGAAGUCCGAUCCCGUGUUCCAGCCAUACUUUCAUGAAACGGGGGCAAUUGUCUCUGGCCACACCCCAUCUUUAAUUAAACAUAUACAAGAACACGAGAUCGACUCGUCAGACGCAGAGUUCGUCAAACUGGACACCGCAGAGGAUUUCCGCAAGACCAUGCCGCCAGGCAUCCUCACCGGCAACUUCCCGGGCUGGAAGGGCUGGCUGAACAAGACCGGCGCCGGAUGGAUCCACGCCAAGAAGGCCAUGUUCUCCGCAUACACCGAGGCGAAGCGUCUAGGAGUCACUUUCAUCACCGGGCCCCCGGAAGGAGACGUCGUAUCUCUAGUUUACGAGAACGGAGACGUGGUCGGGGCCAGAACAGCCGACGGCGCUUUCCACCGAGCAGACCAUACCAUCCUAUCCGCAGGGGCUGGCAGUGACCGUCUCCUGGACUUUAAGAAGCAGCUCCGUCCCACCGCCUGGACACUCUGCCAUAUCAAAAUGACGCCUGAGGAGGCCAAGAAGUACCGGAACCUUCCCGUGCUAUUCAACGUCGCAAAGGGCUUCUUCAUGGAACCCGAUGAGGAUCACCACGAACUGAAGAUCUGCGAUGAGCAUCCUGGAUACUGCAACUUUGUCCCGGACCCGAUGCACGGCGGCGAGGUGCGCAGUGUCCCCUUUGCGAAACAUCAGAUCCCGCUCGAGGCCGAGGCCCGUGCAAGGGACUUCCUCCGUGACACAAUGCCGCAUCUUGCCGAUCGACCCCUGGCGUUUGCUCGUAUAUGCUGGGACGCUGAUACCGUGGACCGGGCCUUCUUGAUUGACAGGCACCCUGAGCACCGCUCUUUGCUGCUUGCGGUCGGUGGAUCGGGCAAUGGGGCCAUGCAAAUGCCUACCAUCGGCGGGUUCAUAGCGGAUGCUCUGGAAGGAAACCUGCAAAAGGAACUGAAGCAUGUACUACGGUGGAGACCUGAGAUUGCUGCCAAACGAGACUGGAAGGAUACGCAAAAUCGAUUUGGAGGCCCGAAUAAAGUAAUGGAUUUCCAGGAAGUUGGAGAGAAUGAGUGGACUAGGAUUGGUGACAAGAGUCGGCUUUAA